GGGCGGUUGUGUCCUUGUCUCUGCUCUUCUUUGGGUGACGAUGGCGAGGCAGGGUUACCUGCGACACCAUAAGGUACUGUCUUCAGGAAGGUUGACUGGAUCAGCUAAACCAACAAGCGGGAAGAAACAAAUUGCUCUGAGAAAAGUUGCCCGUUCAGAUGGAUACUCUCUCUAUUCCACAGACUCUGAAGAUCAGGUUACAACUAUUCAUCAUGGCCUUGAUCGCUGUGCAGCUUUACUAAAGGACAUUUUGCAAAAUGAAUCUGAAGGAAUGGACACUAUCUGUCGAAAGGUGGAGAAAGCAGCUGUUGUCAGAACCACCUCCAGACCAUUAGUUAAUAAAGUGAAUGGUUCAAAAAAGAGGGCCCCAAAGAAAAAACUUAUUUCUGCAAAUGUGCACAGUGAAAUAGUGCCUGUGUCAAAUAGGAAGCCAGCUUCAGUUAAUGCAACUGCUGUUGGAAAGGACCCAGCCCGUAUAAACACCAACCAAACUUCUGUUCAACCAAUUCAUAUACCGUGCAGUCAGCAUUCUCCUGUAAUGCAUCAGAAACUGUGUGAGCAUGUACAAACCCAAAUGUCUAUGUUAAAUAUCCAUCCUCCACAAAAAUCCAAUGGUGUUCCUGAAGUAUUACUUUCCACCAUUCCUGAAAAUGCUGCAUAUCAGCCUCUUACAUUAUUCAACUACCGUUUACCUACCUCUACACCAGCUCUGUCGCCACAGCAUGCAGCUAAUUCUGUAGUUGUUCAGCCUGGUGUUCCCAUGGACAACUUCAACCAGUGUGCAUCACAAAUGGGACCUGUUCUUUUGCCAGCAGGUUCCAGUGCUUCCAAUUCUACUGCACAAGUGCAGCCUGUUGCUUCAUGUUCUGCUCUUCCCCAUAUUACGCAGUCUACUACAAAUGAUCCUACACCACCUACAAUUCUUGCUCCACCUGCUAGCAGAGAGGCUGUGUCAGACCAAGGAAACCAUGAGCCACAGUUUAAAGAGGCAGACCUAAUAAGGUGUAUUCAGGCACACCUGGCCCUACUGCAGGCAUACGAAAAGGAGAGCGAGAAGGCCAAUGAAAAAUACCGGGACGUUGACCCAAUACAGCCUAAGCCCUUGAAUUCUGGAGAAGAUGAAACUACUGAAGAAUGUAGUGAGGGUCCUCUUAGUGAAGCGGAUGACUUGGAUGGAGUUGACAUGGCACCAGUGAGAGAUACGAGUUGCCAGACUAGCUUUGACAAGGAAAUUUUAAAGCCUAAAAAUGCAAGCCGACAAAGAACAGCUCAAAAACUGAUGACACUGAAGUACCUUUUGGGAGAACUCAAGGCCCUCCUAAUUGACCAUGAAGAUUCAGAAAUUUUGAGACUGUUAGGUGAAGCGGAAGACGCUGUAUCUCUCUUGCCUGCAGCAGCUGAAAAUACAAAUGUGCAAGCUGAAAUAGCACUUGCUCUUCAACCUCUCAGAAGUGAAAAUGCCCAGUUGCGCAGGCGAUUAAGAAUAUUGAAUCAGCAGCUCAAGGAUCAAGAGAGGGCUGAAAAGGAUGGCCAUCUGGAUAGAAACUUUGAAUUUUCCUCCCUCCAGUCUUUGAAUAUGACACUGCAGAGCCAAUUGAACAAAUCUAUGGAAAGCAUUGAGUUGCUGCAGAAUAAAAAUGAAGAGUUCAUAAAAAUCUUAGAAAGCCAAAAAGAAGAAAAUAAAAGGCUCACCAGAAUGAUCCAUGAAAGAGACCAGGAGUUGCUUGAAAAGAGACGGCAGUAUGAUAUUGACUCAACCAAGCUCAAAAUUGAAGCAGAUGAGAUGUUGGCCAACAAGAAGAAUUUCCAGUAUAAGUUAGAAGCUGCUGAGAAAGAGAACCAGAUUUUGGGUAUAACGUUGCGUCAGCGUGAUGCAGAAGUGAAUAGACUUCGUGAAUUGACUCGGGCUCUACAGGGCAGUAUGUCCAAACUACUCUCCGACCUCACUAUGGACACCGCUAAACGAAAACAGGAAAGGGGUUUGUCAAAAGCUCUCCUGGAAAUUCAUGAGAAACAGCUGCAGUCUGACGCAUACCCUCUAAGUGAUUCCAUAAUGAGCUACCUCAAAAAAUUAGAAACUGAUCCUGUUCUGAUUAACACAGAGCCUCUCUUAUCAAAGUGUGAGAUAAAGCAGCCAAAUCAAGUACAUGAGAUAAAGGCAGCUGAACAGUCUCCUCAGAAGAGUCCAGUUGUUGCAGAGGAAAUAGUGGCUCCAAGGAACGUUUUUACUUUUCUAAAGUCCAAUGUCGAAGCAGCCAGCAACUCGAGUACUUUAGUAGUAGAAGGCCAUGAGCCAGAUGAGACUAUUUACAUUCCACUGAGUAGCAGUCCAUCUCAGAAAUCAGCAACAGCCGCUGAAAGGAAUACAGACACACACCGUGAAGUUCCCCAAAGGCUGGACUGUGACUUCGAGUUGGCUGAUUCGAAGCAACCAAAUAGGUUUGGGGUGCUGGGCAACACAGAGGCCUUUGAUAAAUUCCAUGGUAGCUGUAGUCCAAAAACGACUGUUGAAAAUAAAUCUGAAAUGAUGGGGAGGAUAGCAAAGCUGGAAGGCGAGAGACACCGAAUGCAGCCAAAAGAAAUAACAAAUGGAGCUGCUAAAGUGAUUUCGGACAAUCCAGACAGACUUCAGCCUGAUAAAUUCCUCUACACUCCUAUUUCACAUCACAAAGAAAGCAUGCAGAAAAAAGGUACUGGAAUUUCUGCUCCCGAGUCCAGUUUUUCAACUUUUGACUGGAUGUCAGGAAAAUCUGAAUGGACUACAUCUUCCUUUUCAACGUUCACUUCCAGAGAUGAAGAAGACUUCAAAAAUGGUCUAGCAGCCUUGGAUGCUAACAUAGCUAGACUGCAAAAAACUUUGCAGAGCAGUUUGAAAAAAACGAGUCCUUAAAUAUAUUUCUUCAGAAUAAGUGUGGAAGACAUGUGUUUCUUGAACUCCUGAUUAUUUUUAACAUCUUUGUACUGUAUUUGUAUGUGACUGUCUUUUGAAUAAUAGUUGAGAUAAAAUUGAACUUUUUAAAUACUAAAUUAAAGG